AUGGAGAUCUUACCUCUUAACAUCACAGACCUGGACAAACUGGUAAAAAUAAAGGAGUACUUCAUGCUGCCGUUGCAAUAUCUCCACCUAACGGCGUUGGAGUUUGCGCUUGUUGAAAGAACAGUGGACUCUUUAAUAAGGAUGAAGAUCGAAGCCAUGGACAAUCCGAGCUUGGAACAGGAACAGUUCCUUCUGUCCAUAGGAAUGGAUACAUGUGAACUGAACAAGUUGAGAAACGAACGUGAGAUUGGGGCCAGGAUCGCUGCCUUAAGAGGAAUCUGGGAUAGAUCAGUUCUAAACGAGCUACCUUCUGAGUUCUCGAGGAUCAAGCUGGCACACUUGAGAAUGACAGAGAUCUUUGACAUAGUGUUGGACUACCCAGCUUCGAUUCCUUCAUUACAAGACCUCAGAGUCUGCCUACAGCCUAAUCAGCGGAACGAUUUGGUUGACUAUUUUACCAGCACAUGUACUGAGAGACUGCUACACGCUGGUAUUAACACUGAAAGUAUUAUUUUGUGUUUCAUAUCCACGAUAAAGUCCUUUCUCGAAGUGGACCCCGCUGGUGUGUUGUUGGACUCCGCGUUCAGGCCCAUCAAGAAGUACUUGAACUCGAGAUCAGAUACUGUGCACGUAGUUGUGAACGCAUUGAUAAACUCGGAGACCUCUGAUACACUAUCAGGAUUAGUGGACGAAUUGACCAUGGUGUCGGAUGAAUACCGUGAUGAAUUGACUCUUGAUUGGACACCGGCACCAAUCGAUGCAUUGCCAGAUUUCAGAAAGCAGGAUAUCAUUGAUGCCUUGAUUUCACUAAACGAAAAGAGAGUAUUCAUCGAGGAAUUAGAAACCGUCUGUGCGCACAGGUUACUCUCAUCAAACUCAGACGAACAGAAUAAAUUGGCUGGAAAAUUGAUGUGCCUUAAAUCGAAGUUUGGUGAAAAUGAAUUGAAUAGAUUGGACGUUAUGUUAGAUGAUAUAUCCAAGAGUAAGCAAUUGGACACUGUGAUUCAUAAGUCAAACGCUGAAAUUUCAAGGGAUUUACAAUUCUAUAUCUUGUCGCACGCAUAUUGGCCAGAUUUUGAAGAAGAAGAUGAAGCAGAGUUCACUCCUCCAGAACCAAUUCAACGCCAGAUAUCGCUCUAUGAAAAGGCUUACAAAGAUUUGAACAAGGGCCGAGUCAUGAAAUGUUUAAAUCGUGGAUCAGUGGAGAUUGAAUUAGAAUUCGAAAACAGAAGUGUUACUGUUAAUGUUGAACCACUGGACGCAUCCGUUAUCGCGUGUUUCCAUGAAAAGGAAUCUCAUGAGCUAAGCGAUAUAUUGAAGACUCUAAAAGUUAGUUCUGAACUUGUAACAAAGUCUUUAUCAUUCUGGAUAGACCUUGGUAUCUUGACCUUUGAAGGCAACAAGUAUAACGCUGUUACAAACCCCGAUUCAGAGAAACUACACCAAUUUAUUCUGUCCAAGGAUGACAAGACCCAAUUGUUAGAUUUUUAUUGGGAUGUAAUUGCUGGUAUGCUGAAGAGUUUAGGUCCAAUGACUCUAUCACAAGUCUACAACUAUCUAACGUCUGUUAUUCCAGACGGAAACAAAACGUCAUUGGUUGAGCUUGAAGCGUACCUAAAACUACGUGUUGAAAAUGGAGAUAUAUCAAAUCAAGGGAACCAGUACGAUUGGAAGAGAUGA